AUGAUCCCUGCUGUACUUGAAUCUUAUGUGAAUGCAAGAUCAAAUGUGUUUCCUGCCCUGACUGUUCAUCGUUGUCCUGAUUGUGACUAUUCCACCCCACGCAAAGGAGAUUUAUGGAGACAUAUGCGGACCCACACUGGAGAACGCCCUUACAGUUGCAGGUCCAAUGUGUUUCCUUCCUCAACUGUUCAUUUUUGUCCUGAAUGUAGCUAUUCCACUCCACGGAGAGGAGAUUUGUGCAGACACUUGCUGACCCACUCAGGCGAACGUCCAUUCGUUUGCAACGUGUGUUCAAAGGAUUUUGCCCGAAAAAGCCAUUUGAAGCAGCACAUGUUCAGUCACAGUGGAGAAAAACCUUUUAGGUGCCAGCUUUGCGAAAUUUAUGGAGUCACAAUCUGGUCCACUCUGAAGAAUGGCCAUUUGUUCGCAGUGUGGUGUGCUUUAGUUUUGAUGGAAAAGCCAUCUGAGAAACACUUUAAUGCCAAUUACAACAUUGUGUUUCCGUCCAGAGAGCAAUGGAAGGAUGUACAGGAUAUCAUUGGCAAUGCACAAGAAAUCUGGUUUACAGAUGGUUCCAAGACUGCGUCUGGAACUGGUUCUGGUGCAUAUUGCAGCAGCAAUAACAUUAAUCUGUGCUUCUCUUUAGGGAAGCUAGCUACUGUCUACCAGGCAGAAACUUUAGCCAUAUUGGCUUGUGUAAACAACUGCCUAGAUCGAAGCCUAAGCGGGAAGGUUAUCAGAAUAUUCUCUGAUAACCAAGCUGUGUUGAAAGCUCUCAAUCGUGGACAUGUGUUUCCUACCGUGACUGUCCAUAUAUGUCACCAAUGUAACUAUUCUACUCCGCACAGAGGAAAUUUAUUGAGCCACCUGCGGACCCACACUGGAGAACGUCCGUUCGGUUGCGGUAUCUGUUCGAAGCGAUUUAGUCGAAAAGAACAUCUGAAGAACCACAUGAAAAGCCACAGUGGAGAACGACCAUUUAUGUGCCCUCAUUGCAACAAAGGCUUUAAGGACAAGAGAAAUCUUCAAAAUCAUAUAAUGCGAGCAUGUAAACUCAUGAAAAGCCACACUGGAGAACCACCUUUCAAAUGCCAUAACUGCAGCAAAGGCUCUACUGUAAAGAUAACUCUUAUAAAUCAUACAAGAGUAAAUGUGUUUCCCCUGACAGUUCAUGUAUGUCCUCAUUGUGACUAUUCAACAAAAUACAAUGGAGCUUUUUGGCGACAUAUGCGAACCCACACUGGAGAGCGUCCAUUCUGUUGCAAAUUGUGUUCAAAGAGUUUCAAUCAGAAAAGUAAUCUGGAGAGACACAUGAAAAGCCACAGCGGAGAACGACCUUUCAAGUGCCAUCAUUGCAGCAAAGGGUUUGCUGAAAAUAGAAGCCUUCAAAAUCACGUUAUAACUCGAGCUUGUGUGAAGCAUAUGUGA